AUGGCCGUGCUGAGUUGUGCGCCGCUGCGCAAAACUCGGAGGCGCACUGCGGCUGACGGGACCCACAUGGCCGCGCCCCGCGCCCCACUCCUUGCAAUUGUCGGCCGGUUUUCUGCCGUUUUGACGCCCGCGUUAUGGUGGAGAGCCCAUGUUACAUGUUUUGGUCUGUCUGUCACUCUCGUGUUCGCCUCGUGUAAGCUCGACACAUCCGCGAAUAUUGACGACACCGAAAAUUCAUCCAUUUCUUGCCAGACAGGCUUCAUUUUCAUCAUCCAUCUCAUUCAUUUGGGUGCCACCUAG